UUCUCUCUCCCUACUCUGCAAACUAUAUUACUAUAAGGUGCUGCAAAGGAAAACAGGGCCGCCUCUGUUUUACAUCUAGCGAAAAGCACUAAUCUUUUUCCAAGGCAACAAAAACCUCCAUCAAAGUUUGUAUUUUUUAUCGUUUCUUUGCUGUUCUUAUCAUCUGGGCUGCUUCAUUUCUCUAUAUUAGCAACUGGGUCUUGGUCAUUCUCUUAAUCGAAACCCACCACCCAACAAUCUCAAGAUAAAAUCUCAUGGAGUGGUAUUCUGGAAGUGGUAUUGAUGAUUUUGUGGUUCCAGAGGAUCGAGAAGUAUAUGAUAGGCUUCCAUCACCAGAGAGUUGGUCGAAAUGGUGUGCAGAUGCAUCAGAAAGUCAUGAGUUUUCUAACAAACGCUUUCUUAUGGAUUCAAAAUUGACUGGGGAGGAACUCAAAUUCAAUGGUGAAAUUUUGAGUAAAGAAGUUGAAAGUUUCUACAAUGGUAAAGAUCAGUCUAGUGGUUCAAGCAUCAGUGGAAGAUUAUCUGAAGAGUCACUUCCCCAGACUGCUCUUUCAUGUGACCAGCCAGAUUACCAGCUUGAUGAUCUUUCAGAAAUCGAACAACUGGAUGAAUUUUUCCUGAGUUCCUUUCUCGAGGAUCUACCCAGGAAUGAAAAUCUUAACAGCUCAUUUUGCUUUUCUGCCGAAGCAGAAUGUGGCAUGGUAUCUGCUGACAAUCGCUUCACAGACACAAUGUCAGAUUUGCAAAGUAUCUCGAAUGAUGCACAUGGCAUGGGAAGCUCAAAGUAUCUCAAAACACAUGCAUUUUCUCCAUCAUUAAGUUGGGAGGAAGGUGAAGUUGCUGCUUCACACUUCAAUCCAUGCAACUCAGACCAAAAGGAUUUGGCACCGGUAAAGGCAUCGCUGGUUAAUGUCUUGGUCCCUUCUGAGCAUGAUAGUAUGAUUGGACUUGUUGACGAGGAAACAUCUCUUCAACAAUCUGCGCUACAGGAGCUAGAAAUGGUUAUGGCCCAGUUAAAUGAUAAGACUAGAAUUUGCUUUCGUGAUGCCUUGUACCGGCUAGCCAGCAAUUCAAAGCAACAUCCAAUAAAACAGGACCAAAAUGGAGACGUGUCCAUGGAAACACCGGGUACCGGUGAAGAUGAGAAAAUGGGGUCUGGUGGAAAGACGACAAUCGAAAUGGAGACCAACGCCAUUGACAGAGCCAUUGCAAAUCUCAUGUUCUGUAAGAUGGACCUAAACAUGCGAGAUUUUCCUGUCUCAGCACCAGUAAAUUCCAAGCAAGGAAUUUCCAGAGAAACAAAACCCCUAAAUUGCCGCUGGAAUGAGCCUCAAGUCCACGAUCUCCCUUCCUAUCCAAGUUUCCGAGGUGAUGCUGAGGUCCCAAUCCUUGGUCAUGGAUAUCGACAGAUAAGAGCAAAUCCAGGCAAGCAUAUGUGAAGAAAUCCUGAGAGAAGAUUUUCUAAGUUUAUAGUAAUGUUUUUCAAAAGUAGGACGAAGCCAACAAUCCUUGAAUAAGUAUUGUACUCCUCUAAAAAAAGAUUGAAAGAUCCUCUUGAAGUGCUUAUCUCAUAUGUAUAUACCAGGGAUUUAUGUAUAAUUAGUAUGCAUGGUUAGGUGCUAGGUCGGAUAACUUGCUGCAUCCACUCAGCUCAGUUUUGGUAGGUGCAUAUACAGAUGGAUUCAGUAAGCAGUGACAUACAAGCUAAUGCAUUUGUUGUUCUUGUUUA